AUGAACCUCAUUACAUUAUCUAUCGCCAUUCCCGCCCUCGUUUCCCUAAUCCUAGCUUUCAUUGCAUUCUGGCUGCCGGCUCUUAACCCAGAUAGUGAAAAAUUAUCACCUUACGAGUGCGGAUUUGAUCCCCUAGGAUCUGCACGCCUCCCCUUCUCCCUUCGAUUCUUCCUAGUGGCAAUUCUCUUCUUAUUAUUUGAUCUAGAAAUUGCCUUACUCCUCCCACUACCCUGAGGGGAUCAAUUAUAUUCCCCACUUACCACCACCCUUUGAGCCUCCAUUAUUAUUAUUUUACUCACACUAGGUCUUGUCUACGAAUGACUUCAAGGAGGCCUUGAAUGAGCAGAAU